UUUUUUUCUUUCGCCAAAGGUAAUGGACAAGGCUCUGUGUUCUCUAUGUGUCUGCCAUUGGCUUACAAAGAUAUUAAACAGGCCAACAAAAUAAGGAUGAAAUGGUUGAAAAUUGUGCUGUUGUUGUGUCUCAUUUACAAAGAUGCACAGUCCCAUCCUUGUGAAAGGAUUGAGGAAGGGAAAAGUCUUAUCCUUCGUGUUAUCUUGCAAAGUAAGGAUGGGCACCUUCAAGAGGUGUCUUGGUUUAAAAACUCCACCUUGGUAUCAACCUGUGACUCCCAGCUGAGAUGCAGAGACUUCAUCCAAAACUAUUCCAGGACCGCAGCCACGAAACCAAACGACACCGGGGAUAUAAAUAUCUCGUUGACUAUCUCCAAUAUCACGAGGCUCUCUUCAGGACUUUGGGAAUUACAGAAAACCGGUUUACAACGAAAUCAAGUUUUGGAGCGAUGUUUGCUACAUUUUCUUGAUGAGCCAAAAACUAUGAUGGUAAAUUGUGAAUCAAAGUCUGAGAGGAUUAUACAGUUAAAUCUAUGCAAUAAUAUACAUCCAGAUACACCUUCUAGCACGACAGCUACAAGAAGUUUCACAUUAAAGACAGCCUACACUAGGACUAGUCUGCCUUCAACAAAUGCUGACAUACCAUCAAAACCGAAACCAAAACAAAGCAGUAGCACUGAAUCGUAUCAAGUUGUAAUAGUAAUAGUAUUUUGUAUUUUGUUUGCUGUCCUUGUUAGUGUAUUAUGUCUGAUUGUGGUCGUCAAUAGAAAAAGAAAAGCUCAUUCAUGUGUACCUCCGAUUGAGCAAGAGCCAUUUUCUGUUUUCUAUGAUCAACCAAUUACCUUGUCUGACGAUAUGAAUAGAUCAAAGAUAUCUUUACAUAUUUAUGAGACUGUGAAGGACUCGAGAUCCUUAUCAAAACGUCCUCGUUUACUGUUACAGACAUUAAGAUUAAAGCUUAGUACUAGAAAAUAAAACGUCCAACCACA